AUCUUUUUCCUUCCUUCUUCUUCAAACAAAAUGCCCAGACUUUCGACGAGUUCUCCGGGAACCUCUCGGCCUCCUACGUCUACGAGUCGUCCAAGAACUUCGCGACCAAGGACUGCUACCUCCACAGCUGGGGGAGGAGUUCAACAGGUUGUUUGUGCAGUUACGGAGUCUCGUGGAAUAUCGGCUAUUAUCGGCUUGUGCUUUGUGAAUACUACCACUGGUGAAUUGGCUGCUACCGUGACAAUGAUUAUGAUAACAAAGGCUGGGAAAGCCCUCUGUGUUCUUGCUAACUAUUCGUAGGCGAAUGCGUAUUGAGUGAGAUCUGUGAUACUCAAACGUAUGUGAGGACCAUGCAGAAAUUGACUGUAUUUGACCCGACGGAGGUAAGUUGGAAGAUGACACUUUACCCAAAUAUCCGCUGUGACACUAAGAGUUUUAUUGUAUUGUUGUUAUUCUCCACUACUUUUUAUUUAUUUUUCCCUACUCUUUCGCUGUCUAGCUGCUAACACGCGGAAUAUCGUUUCCUAUGAUUAUGAUUGUGUUAAGAUCCUCGUUUCUCCCGCCGCUGUUGCACCUCCAAAAUCGACACUAUUGUCAAUUAUUGAGGACUAUGUUCCCGGUGCAACGAUCACGGAAGUCCCUAGGAGAUAUUUCAACGAACGGAGCGGUCAUGAUUAUAUCCAACAAUUGGCUUUCCCAGAUGAAGUUGCCAGCAUCAAGGUUGCCAUUUCUGGGAAGUUCUAUGCUAUAUCUGCUGCGGCGGCGGCACUAAAACAUAUAGAGGUUUCUUACAUAAGAUUUGCCCUGCAUUCUCUGAGAGUGAAGUACCAAGGAAGCGAAGGUUUGUUUUGUUGUACGGACACUUGCUUUGUUUAUUAGCCUUUAGUUUCCGAGACACGCUCUGUCGGACUGACGAUUAUUGACAGGCUCGAUGUUGAUUGAUUUCAGUACGGUCCAUAGUCUUGAGCUCAUACAAAAUCUUCAAAACCCAAAGUCUACUGAUUGUCUUUUCGGGUUAUUGAAUAAUACACUCUCAGCUAUGGGGGCACGACUGCUUCGGGCCAGCAUUCUGCAGCCUCUGACCGACCUCUCCACACUAAAUGCAAGGCUUGAUGCGGUGGAGGAGUUUACUCAACACGAAGAGAUGUUUUCCCAAGCAAGGCAGGCAUUAAAACCAAUUCUUGAUAUGGACAGACUUCUCACUGCGGUAUUACCUGGACUGUAUUUUUUUAUUUUUAUUCCCCCCCCCCUUUUUUUUUGCUUUUGGGGUUCUGUAUUGUAUUUAUGUGAGCUAACAAUCACAGCUUAUUACCAUGCCGGUCAAACCUAGUUUAAAACACUCUGAGCAGGCGAUCAACAAUAUCAUCAUACUGAAGCAAUCGUUAUCGUCCAUUGGUCCGGUCUAUGACAGCCUCAGUUCUGCCAGAAGUUGGCUGCUGGUUUCCAUUCGUAAUGUAUAUCAUAUCUUCCUGACACUACAUGUCGGCUGUGUUUGACACAUGCUUCUCCAGCUUUGUGAGUCAGACCAAAUUGAACCGGUCCGGGAUUUGAUAAACAGUAUCAUAAAUGGGGAUGUGGCCUUUUCAAAGAGUCCAUUGGACCUUCGUAACCAGAGAUGCUAUGCGGUAAAGGUAUGUCAUGUUGGAUUCAUUGGAUUGCCGCACGUUACCGGCGGCUGCUAACAUUGUUUGGCGGUCUGAAAAAGAGUGGCGUGAACGGAUUACUCGAUGUUGCUAGGCAGGUCUACAAAGAGGUCACUGAGGACGUGCACCAAUUGGCUGAAGAUAUGUCUAAAGAGUAUGAUCUGCCUCUAGAACUGAAAUAUGAGGCCGGGAGAGGCUACUAUUUACGCCUCCCCGCUUCCGAGAUUGAGGAUAAACCACUUCCGCCAGUCUUUGUGAACGUGGUAAAGAGGAAAAAGAUUGUGGAGUUUAGUGCACUGGAAAUACUGAAGUGCAACGCAAGGGUAAAUACCAUCCCUACCAAAAAAAAAAAAGAAUGACCGCAGAUCUCACGAACAGUGGGAGGAAUUGGAUUGGAAACGCCAGGCGUUGUGUGUGUGUGUUUCAUGUUCGGUUAUUUAGAUCUAACUCCGACGAUAGAUCGGUGAUUCUUUGGCAGAAGUAGUGCUUAUGAGUAGGUUCACUUUCCUUUGAAAUCGCUCAGUCAGAGACUCUAAAUUCUGUCUCUAGGCGACAACUCUAUCCAGCAAUUGGUCGAGGACAUCAGAAAGGAGAUACCGGUACUCUACAGGGUGGCGGAGGGAAUCGCUGUCCUCGACAUGGUAUGUGUUGGUUGUAGGAGGGCGAUGGUGACCCCACCGCACUAGAUCUGACGAUCAUCUGCACAGCUUCUGUCCUUUGCCCAGCUUUGCACCAUUCAAGACUACGGUAAUGUUGCCUAAUGCUGUUCGGCAGUUCAGCUCUCCCUGGAAAACAACGCGUGGGGGGCGUCUAAUGGUGUUACAGUUCGCCCAGAGUUUGCGGAUACGCUAGCUCUGAAGGCUGGACGUCACCCCAUUCGUGAAAAGAUACACAGGGAUCGAUUUGUCCCCAACGACGUGUAUGCAAGUCAACAAUCUAGGUAAAAAUCUUGGAAAGAAAUGACUCCAUAAUAAACUGACGGGAAGCCGAUGGCAGGUUCCAGAUAAUCACCGGUUAGUUCUGUUGGCCCGCCCGUAUUGUUACACAGAGAAAUCAACGGUUGGGGCAUCUAAUGUAUCUAACGUUUGGUUUGCUAGGAUGCAAUAUGGCGGGGAAGGUAUGCUCUAGCCUAAAUCAAUGACGCGGAAGGUUUUGGCGGCGCUGACUGCCAGCGGUCCGGCCUGCGUCAGUCGACCUAUCUUCGAUCAAUUGCUCUCACCGCGGUUAUUGCGCAAAUAGGGUCAUUGUAAGUUUCUGGUUUCUGUCCUCAAAGUAGCUCGUUUGAGGCUUCGGGUGUAGGAGUAGUCGGUGUGAGGUGAUUGGUGACUCCAGCUCAUUCCGUGGUACCAAGUGUCCCGGCGCAGUAUGCUUCGUUCCCCAUAACUCGGCGGCUCUUUGCCCGUGUCUCAAUUGACGAUGGAAUUGAGGCUAAUGCCUCUACUUUUGCCUCUGAAAUGCGGGAGACCGCCUUUAUACUUGGUAAUGUUAAGAGAGGAAGCUUGGUAAUUAUGGAUGAACUUGGACGUGGAACCAGCACACGAGACGGUUUGGCACUUGCAGUUGCAAUUUGCGAAGCAUUAAUUGAAAGCAGGGCCCUGGUGUGGUUCGCCACACAUUUUAAGGAUCUAGCAAGGAUACUUGCGCGAAGGGCAGGUGUGGUUAACUUGAAUUUGAGGGUUCAGGUAAGAUAGUAGAUAAAGAAACCCUCGUGCAUGCAGAGUUAGCGACUGCUAGGGAUCACUCACUUUGUCAAAAUUAGAUGGAGGACGAGAAUAUCAUAACGAUGCUCUACAAGGUUGCUGACGGGGCAGUUGAGGAUAAAAAUUAUGGUGCACACAUAAUCCCCCCGAUCCUAUCUCUUCCGCUCUUUUGCCUAGUAUCGGGGCAUUUCGUGGAUUACGCUCAUAUGGGAGGUGUCUAGGCUUAACCUUGGCAAGACUGGUUGGGUUACCGCAAACCCUGCUAGAUCGGGCCACGGCCGUGUCGGAAAUGCUCGCUGGAAGACUCGAGAGGAAUAGGCGUAAAGCAGGAGUCAUUGAUCUCUCUAGAAGAAGAAAUCUCGUGCUUACCCUCAAGGAAACACUAAUCCGUGCCCGGGACGGAAACAUGGGAGAAGAUGCUCUACGGCCCUGGUUGAGUAGGCUGCAGGAUGAAUUUGUCAACAGGAUGGCGGCUUGGGAUGCUGAGGAUAUGCGUGCAUCUGUGGCUACCACCGAAGACGCCGAAGGUUCGGAUCAAGUUUUUGCGGGGAGCAAUCAAAUGGAGGACAUCAUAGAAAUUGAUAGUGAUGAGAGUGACGAUGAUGGUGGCCAAGCUAAUGACUGUUACUAGCUAUUGUUUUUUUCUGCUUGUGAUGCGAUAUUACGUUGACAGGUAAUUACACUUAGGGUUGCUUGUGAAGGGAUACUUUAUUAAAGCCACAAGACCACCUGCUAUAUUUAGGGAACUGUCAUGGAAGACGAGGGGAAAUUGUCAGGUUUUAGUCACAUGAUAUCACUCGAUCAUGGUUAUUUUCG